AUGAGCAUCAAUUCACCACUAGUGCUACCAGGUACAACAACGGCAAUGACAUCAUCAUCUCCAAAUAAGUCUGUAAUAGUAUUACUAGGUGGAGGGCAUGCUGCUGGAAAGCACACAGCAGCUAAGGCUCUCAAACACGAAAUCUCAGCUUUGAUCCCAUCAUCAAAAUUACAAGUUGAAGUGAUUGACAUGAACAAAUUCAAUUCUGAAUGCAAUUCAACAAUCGACUCUAGUCAAUAUAAUAAAGAUAAAGUAGAUGCAAUUACUGUCAGAACGGAAGAAAUUCCAUAUCCUCGUCUCAAACCUUCUCGAUUUUCAUUUGAUGCAUUAAAACAGGAAUUAAACAAAAGUUUAAUAUCACCAACUGAUGCGCCUCAAAAGAUUUUGAUAGUCCAUGGAUUAUACGCAUUGUAUGACAAGGAAAUAAGAGACAUGGCUCAUAUCAAAGUGUUUAUUGAUAGUGAUCCAGAUACUCGUUUAAUUCGUUGGAUACGAAGAGAUGUAUUGAAUAAAAAAUCAGAAACUUUACAAAGUGUUAUAAAUGCUUAUUUACUUGGAGCAAGAGCAGAAAUGAGUGAUUUUAUAUUUCCAACUAAAGAAUUUGCUGAUGUUAUUAUGCCAAGGGGAGCUGAAGCAAAUGCUGUUCGAUUAGUGAUUGAUGGAAUUAUGUUACAUUUGGUUGAUAAACAUUUACAACCUGAAAGAAUGUAUUUACCAGCAUCAACAAAUUAUUUACGUCCAAGUGAAUUUGGUAAUUUUGAAAAGGAGAAAUUUGAUGAUCAAAAGAAUAUGUUUUACAGCUUGGAUUAA